AACAAACACGCCUUUCCAAAAGUCAUCAUCACUAACCCAACAUCCCCUCAACCCACCAGACUCUCAACUUCCGAGCAUAACAAACCCACACCAUGGCCGAAAUCCUCUCCAGCAACCCGGACGUGCCCAAAGGUCGCAAGGCCUUCAUCCCCUUAGGUACAUCCUUCCCCCUUCCAAAUAUCCCGUCAGAGGCAAGAAAAAGAAAAAAUCUUUAAGUCAUACUAACCCCCCGGGCCCCCAGAAAACAACCCCGAAGUCAUGAGUUCCCUCGUCCACACCCUCGGUCUCUCCCCCUCCCUCGCUUUCCACGAUAUCUUCAGCAUCGACGAGCCGGAGAUGCUAGCUUUUGCGCCGCGUCCCGCAAGCGCCCUCCUGUUUGUCUUUCCUGUGAGCAAAACGUAUGAGAAGCACCGGGUGGAGGAGGAUGCGGAGAAGGCGGAGUAUGAGGGGAAGGGAGAGGGGGAGCCGGUGGUGUGGUAUAAGCAGACGAUUCGGAAUGCGUGUGGGUUGAUUGGGAUUUUGCAUGCGGUUAGUAAUGGGAGUGCGAGGGAGUUUGUUAGUAUGUUUUUUCUUCUUCUUAUCUUUCUCCCAUAUGUUUGUGGGGGGACUAUGCUGAUGUUAUAUAGCACCCAAUUCUGAUCUCCAGAAAUUGGUGGAUGGCGCGGUACCAUUGGGACCUAUCGAACGCGCGGAUCUCCUUUAUAACUCGCAGGCUUUGGAGAAGGCUCAUCAAGGUGCGGCUUCGCAGGGACAAAGCAAUGCGCCGGGCGCGGAGGACGAUGUGGAUUUACAUUAUGUUUGUUUUGUGAAGGAUGCGAAGAAUGAUCUCUGGGAGAUGGAUGGCAGACGGAAGGGUCCGAUUAAUCGGGGAUCGAUUGGGGAGGAGGAUGUUCUUAGUGAGAAGGCUUUGGGCCUGGGGGUGAGACUUUUUCUCAAGAGGGAGGAGGAGGCGCAGGGUGGGGAGUUGAGGUUUAGUUUGAUUUCUUUGGCUCCUUCGAUGGAUUAGGGGGUUUGGGGGGGUAUGGAUGUUGUGCAUUAUGGGCGUUUUCGCAUGGGUUUCUUUGCAUGUGCAGGUGGCUUCUCAGAUUGUUUUUUUCUGGGAAUAGAAUUUGGGUAUGGAAAUCCCAUUUCAGAGAUGACAUCCAAAAGUUUAGCAAUUUAUUUAUUUAUUUCAGCAAA